AUGGUGGGGGUGGAGAGCUGUAAACAUACGGUGGUGGUGGGGACUUGUAGUCAACCUUUGGAGAUGGAGAGUAGUAUGGUGGGGGUGGGGAGCUGUAGACGUAUGGUGGUGGUGGGGACUUGUAGUAAACUUUUGGAGAUGGAGAGUAGUAUGGUGGAGGUGGAGAAUUGUAGACGUACGGUGGUGGGGGAGACUUGUAUUCAACCUUUGGCGAAGGAGAGAAGUAUGGUGGGGGUGGGGAACUGUAGACGUACGGUGGUGGGGGAGAUUUGUAGUCAACCUUUGGCGAAGGAGAGUAGUAUGGUGGGGGUGGGGAGUUGUAGACGUACGGUGGUGGUGGGGACUUGUAGUCAACCUUUGGAGAUGGAGAGUAGUACGGUGGGGGUGGAGAACUGUAGACAUAUGGUGGUGGUGGGGACUUGUACUCUAUCUUAGGAGAAGGAGAGUAGUAUGGUGGAGGUGGAGAAUUGUAGACGUACGGUGGUGGUGGAGACUUGUAUUCAACCUUUGGCGAAGGAGAAUAGUAUGGUGGGGGUGGGGAGCUGUAGACGUAUGGUGGUGGAGGAGACUUAUAGUCAACCUUCGGAGAAGGAGAAUAGUAUGGUGGAGGUGGGGAA